ACAUUCUACUUCACAAUUUCGUUCUUUGGAUCUCAAAAAAUAAAGCUUUAAGUCUUAAUUGUGGUGUCGAAAUACCAUAUUCAUCUGAUCAAAUUAGCUCACAUUGUGUUUAAUUUGUGCUUUAUUUAUAGAAUUAAGAUGGCUGCUUAUGCAGCUCUGGUUUCUCUUAUGCGUAUCAUAGAUGAUAUUGAAACUCAUCCUUCCCCUCCGAUUUCUCUUGACAACCAACAAGUGAAAUCUCUCACAGAAAUAGUUACCUUCUUGCAGGAAUUUCUCGAAGGCUACAAGUCACCUUACGAGUACAGCGACAAAGCAGAUCCAUUGGAGAUUCGCAUUAUGGAUGCAAGUCAUACAGCUGAAGAUGUGAUUGAGUCCUAUAUCAUUGACACCAUUCAGCUUUCUGCAGCAGCAGCAACUGAUGAUGGUGCUGAUGAACAAAUCAGUUGCAUCCACUUCUAUCAAGAUCUGCAAAAGGUUAUAGAAGAAAUUGAUUUGAUCAAAAAAGAGGUGGUUGGGAUUACUAGGGAUAAGACAGUUCUCCAAAGAAACUUGAGUUCUGAUGAUGGUGGUUUAAGAUUCAGUUCCACUGAGAAGAACCAUCGCAUGGUAGGGUUUGAUGGUGUGUUGCUUGAGCUCUUGGAAAGGCUUGUUAGAGGACGUGCCAAGCGCCAAAUCAUCCCUAUAGUAGGGAUGGGUGGCAUCGGAAAAACCACUCUUGCAAAAGGUGCGUUUGAACACAAGCUUUGUAAGGAGCAUUUUUAUAUAUGUGUUUGGGCUACCAUUUCUCAAGAGUAUAAUAUUGGAGAAACUCUUAGGCAAGUACUCACUCAAGCUAGAGGGUACUUGAGCGAAGAGAGUGAAAAAGACUUGGGAGAAAUACUUUACAAAUAUUUAUCGGGUAGGAGAUAUCUCGUUAUAAUGGAUGACAUGUGGAGCAUAGAGGUCUGGGAUAAGAUGAAGUUUUUCUUUCCUGAAUACAAUAAUGAGAGUCGAAUAAUAGUGACAACUAGAAUGUCAAACUUAGCUGCCCACUUGACUGAUUCCAAUAGCCUCGUUAAGAUUGAAUUUCUAGACGAGGUUAGUAGUUGGACUUUGUUCUCCAAAAUUGUCUUUGGGGAACGAAGCUUUCCUACUCAACUCAAGAAUGUUGGAAAGAAAAUUUUGGAAAAGUGUAAUAGACUUCCUUUGUCUAUUGUUGUGAUAGGGGGUCUAUUGGCUAAAUCCGAACUUACACUAGAAUAUUGGGAGCACACAGAGAAAAACUUAAGCUCAAUAGUGAAUUCAGAGAAUGAUGAUUAUUGCUUGAGAAUAUUGAAACUGAGCUAUAACCACUUGCCUGCUUAUCUAAAGCCUUGUUUUCUUUAUAUGGGAAUGUUUGAGGAAGACAGUGAAAUUCUUGCUUCAACAGUUGUCCAACUAUGGAUUUCUGAAGGAUUUCUUAAACCAAUAGACAACAAAAGCUUGAAAACAAUUGCCGAACAAUACUUGAAAGAACUAGUGGAUAGAAAUCUCAUUUUAGUUCAUGAGUCGGGGAUAUGUGGGGAUGUAAUGUCCUACAAAAUUCAUGAUUUACUAAGAGAUCUAUCUAUGAAAGAAGCUGAAACACAAAGGUUUUUCUAUGUCUUGAGGGAAGAGAGUCCUGAAGGAGUAAUUAGCCAACAACGUAUUGUUAUUCCUAGAAGCACUUCAAAGGAAAAAGUCCAAGAUGCCUUGGGACAUAUGACACAUGCUCGUUCGUAUCUAGUGUUUGAUAACAGUAAUGUUUGUCAAUUCCCAAAUUCUAGAUAUUUGAGGAUAUCGCAUACGUGUUAUUGGCUAACUAAAGAGGAGUAUUCACAAGUAAAUGUGCUUCAGUUGAUGAACUCACGAUACCAUAGGUUUUUAACUCAUGAACAGAAGUUUGUAAUUCCUUCUUCCAUCAAUCUGCUUUGGAAUCUAGAUACAGUGAUUAUGUCUAGUUUUGGGAAAGAGUUGAUUGCACCAACUGAAAUCUGGAAAAUGUAUAAACUUAGGCAUCUCGAGUUUCUAAUUUCGAGAUUGCAUCUCCCAGAUCCUCCGAGUGUGGAUGACGAUGAUAUCAUUAUCAUGGAGAAUCUAGAAGUGCUUGAUGGAGUGUUAAAUUUGAAUGUAAGUGAAGAUGUUGUUAAAAGAAUUCCCAAUAUCAAGGAAUUGAAUAUGAGAUAUUCGGGGCUGUCUUCAGCUGAUGGAGUGAACUAUCUGAGCCGUCUUGAAUGUCUUAGUAAACUGGAAUCCUUGGAGUUGUAUAUCAAGUCCCCUGAUAUUGGAAAGUAUCUGCAGAAGACCAACUUGCCACCCUCCCUUAAAAUGUUGAUUCUCCGGCUACAAGGUGAUUUUGAGUUGGAGCACAUACUGGUAAAGAUAGGUUCCUUACCACUUCUUGAGAAGCUCGAAUUAUAUAGGUGUGGGUAACAAUGGAAGACCAAUUCCAGAGUCUCAAGUCACUAACAUUGUAUAGGUGUGGUGAUCUAGAAAAGUGGACAGUGUCAGAGAGCUCCCACUUUCCACUUCUUAUAGAGCUUCAUCUUUCUUUGUUAAACGAAUUGAAGGAGAUUCCAGCAGAAAUUGGAGAAAUACCAACACUCAGGUCAAUUAAAUUGUACUUAUGCAAUGAAUCAGUGGUGUUGUCAGCUAAACAGAUAUUUGACGAACAACAGGAUUUGCAUGGAGACCAAAUUGACCUUCUUGUUCACGCUACAGUUUGGAUGGAAGAUGAAUCACUGCAAAAGUUGGCAACUUCCAAUUUUAAAGUUAAAGUGUUUUAGACUGAUGUUAUCAUAAUUAUCACUCUUCUUUUAUGUGUUUUUUCCUCCUGAUUCUAGUUAAUUAACUCUCUCUUUCGCU